GAGGGGAGGUUGUGUCUCAUGAACAGCAAAAUAACAGCACAGUAGAACAGAACUUGGCGUGUGGUGUGGUACUGUGGUGAAAGCAGAACAUAACAGUGAAUGAAAUAUAACAAGAAUUGAAGGAAAUAGUGAAAAAAAUUGUGGUGGUGUGGUGGUGCGGUACAGAACACAGGAUAACACAGUAACACUACCCAAUUAUUACCGACACUGGACGAGACUUUAGCAUUGUGGUGCGGUGUUGGUGUGGCGAAUCAUGGGAGGGAAGCGCCACCAACGCAAAGGAGAGGCAAUCAAGUAUGACCCUGAGUUUGCUGCGCUCAAGAACAGAUCCUGCACUGACAUCAUCUGCCUGCUGCUCUUCCUGGCAUUUCUCAUAGGAUGGGGCGUUGUGGCUGGCUUUGCUGUGUAUGGUGGGGACCCGCAGCGCCUGCUGUACCCAACGGAUAGUGAGGGUCGAGUGUGUGGCCGCGGGGAAUUUGCUAACAAGACCUACCUCUUCUUUUUUGACCUCACCCGAUGUGCCUCACCCAAAGUCAUUGCCACCGGCUGUCCCACGCCCCAGGUCUGUGUAAGUGAGUGUCCCUCUGAGAACUGGUUUUACACAGGUGGGGAGACGGAGGCUGACCGUGCAAAACUCAUCUGUCGGGACAAUGUCGACCCCAUGGACACCAGCAAAAAUGUGGGGGACCUGGUGUUGAAUGGACAAUGUGCUUUCUACUAUGUGAAGAGUCAAUCAUUUGGGCGUCGAUGCAUUCCCAGAGACAUUACCUCGAAUGUCGGCACCAUCAUUGAUGCUCUGGAAGCCACUUACUCCACCGGCUCCACCUCCCCUGCUUAUAGAUUGGAGAUCUUAACGAAGAUGGUGGACGCCAUGAAAUAUGUCAUCCGGUUUGCUAGUCUCCAGAAGGUAGCAGAGGGCGUGUUCCAGGAUGUGCAGACAGGAUGGUGGAUACUGCUUGCAGGAUUUGGAGUUGCCAUGGUCAUCUCCUUCGUCUGGAUCCUCCUCCUCCGCUUCAUUUCCACCUUCAUGAUCUGGUUCUCCAUUGUAGCGUUUCUUCUCCUCUCAGGGUUUGGUGCCUAUUACACCCUUAACAAAUACCUGACACUCCGAGAAACCAGCAACACUACUCUCAGCGACAUGUCUCAGAUGGAGCAGGAGUUUGGCCGCUAUGCUGAGCUGGAGACAACAUGGCUGGUGCUGUUCAUCAUCACCCUCAUCAUCCUGGUGGUCUGCCUCUUUGUCCUCAUCUUCCUCCGCAAAAGGAUCGCCAUCGCUGUGGCUCUCAUCGGCCAGGCUAGCAAGGCAGUAGGCAGCAUCAUGUCAACGCUCUUCUUCCCUGUCGUGCCAUACAUCCUGCAGCUCAUCUUCCUGGCUCUGUUCUGUGUGGUGGCAGUUCUCCUCGCCUCUGCUGGGAAGGCAAACUACCGCAUCAUGUGCAAAACUGAUGCUGGGUGUGACUGUUCAGCAUAUAAGGAGAAUGAUACUUGCUCCAUGGACACCUUUGAUGCAGCCUUGUGCCCAAAUGCCUCCUGCCAGUUCUUUGACUAUGUGGAGGAUCCCAAAGUGCCUUGGUUCCAUGCAUACAACUUAUUUGCGCUCUUCUGGUCCAUGUUCUUCGUGUCGGCCUUUGGGGAAAUGGUGCUGGCAGGAGCUUUUGCCUCUUGGUACUGGGUGUUUGAUAAGUCCAAAGUACCAACGUUUGCUGUCAGCAUGAGCCUGGGACGCACCUUGAGGUACCACACAGGGACGCUGGCCUUUGGGUCCCUCAUCAUUGCCAUUGUGCGCAUGAUCCGAGUCAUUCUGGAAUAUAUUGAUCACAAGGUGAAGGAAAAGACAGACAGCAAGAUCAUACGGGCACUGCUUUGUUGCUGCCGCUGCUGCCUCUGGUGCCUUGAAAAGUUCCUGAAGUUCAUCAACAGGAAUGCCUACGUGUACUGUGCCAUCUAUGGGAAGAACUUCUGUGUGUCUGCCAAGAACGCCUUCUCACUCAUUAUGCGUAACAUAGUGAGGGUGGUUGUGCUGGACAAGGUGACAGACUUCCUGCUGUUCAUCGGCAAGAUGGUGGUGGUGGGAGGCAUAGGAGUGGCUUCCUUCUUCAUCUUCAGUGGUGAGGUGCCUGGUGUCGGACCACACCUUCCUGAGAUGAACUACUACCUCACACCCGUCAUCAUCAUCACCAUCGGCACCUUCUUUAUCGCCAGCGCCUUCUUUGAUGUGUAUGCCAUGGCUGUCGACACACUUUUCCUCUGCUUCCUUGAGGACUGUGAGCGCAAUGACGGGUCAGCUGAGAAGCCAUACUUUAUGAGCAAGGACCUCAUGCGCAUACUCAACAAGAAGAACAAGGACAAGGACAAAGAGGAAUAGAAGCAUAAGUUCUUACUCCAUGCCAAAAUAGGUGUUCUUCAUGUGCAUUCCUAGGAAGAGGAACAAAAACAGGGGCAGUUGGCACUUGUUCUUGCAAUGUUGUCUCUGAUAUGCUGCCACUGCCACCCCUACAAGCUUUAAGGGUCAUGUUCCAUUUUCUGUAAGCCAAAGUGGAUGUCAGGAUUAGUACCCAAGAGUCCAUUUGUUACUCUUUCUUCAUACCAACAUUGUCUUCAGGCCAUUUGUGACUCCUGUGUAUCUAGUACUUUCUUUCAUGUGGUGUAAUUGCUCGAGCUUUCUUGCUAAUGAUGUUUUGUUUGAGUAAGUUGAUAACAUAGCAGGUGGAGCAGAUAUAAGUAAGAGCUUCAUCUGUUGCUGUGAGGCUUCUGUCUGUGCAUGACAAAAUGAUGAAGGAAAGGGUGAUGACAUGCAUGCUAGGAAAGGGAUGGAAACAAUAUAAAGCAAAAUGAUGAAGAAAAAAGAGGGUGAUUACAUGCAUGCAAGAAAAGAGGUGGAAACUGUAUAAAGCAAAAUAGCCUUGUAGUCUUGUUAUCUUUAUGAUAUACUAUUUCUGCUACUCUCACUUUUCCUUCUGUCACCACCACCACUACUACUACUACUAUCAUUAUUGUAAAUAGUAUGUAAUCUGCUCAAACUCAGGCUUAGCACUGAAAUGUAAGCACACUUCAUUGUGGUCUUUUGGUGAAGAAAUAAUGGCAACAGAUCCAGAUGCAAACCUAUUAACAGAUUGAUAUCAGAGCUAGUGCAAACACUGAGCUAGUAGUUGUCACGAGCCAGGAGAUGGAGACGUUUAAAAAAAAAGAAAAGACAGUUUUUUGUUUUUAUCAGGGAGGUGCAGGUGUAUCAAUUUAUGAAUUAUUUUUUUAAGCAAAGAAAAAAACAUGUACAUUGAAAAUUCAAUAAUUACAAAUCAAAUGCACAGUUAGAGUUUUAAUUUUGAUACAUAUUUUAUUACUCUUUAAGUAAAAUCUAAGUAAUUUGUAUUUGUAGAUGUGAAUUCAAGAUUCUUAAAUCAGGAAGGAUUUCUAUACAUAGAAUAUACCUGUACUGUAUCUUUAAUAUUAGAGUGUAGAAGUUAUCACAUGUGGAUCUCAUGGUCAGUAUUUCCUUGGGUGUCCACUCAUCUGGCAGUCUGUGAUGUGUGGUGAUGAUGGGGAAGCCAAGUCAGUCUCCCAGGGCCAUAAUAUUACCGUGUAUUGGUCUUCAGAACUUAAAUUGACAAGCCCAUUGUAUAUAUUUUUCAUUGUACUGUUAUUUCCUGCAUUAUGUGGUAUUUUUUUCUAUUUGUAACAUUGUCAUUUUGAUACCUUUUGUGUUUUAUAAUGGUGGAGCUACUUUUAUGUAAUUAGUGUUAUCUUUUUUGUUACUUUACUUAAUAGUACUGUAUGUAGUUUAGUUAUAUUUGCAUUACCAGCAGACAAUGAUAUGACCUCUUUAUCUUCUUGUGUGUGUGAGAGAGAGAGAGAGAGAGAGAGAGCAAGCCUAUAUUAUAAUUUGCCCUUCAUUUAACUUUUUGGCUCAUUGAUUCUUGCCACUGAUGGUGAUGAUGAUGAUGCAUUGACAGUAUGCUGUAUACUGUAUGGUGGAACUCAUUGCUGGUGAACUCAAAAAAGACAUUGUUUGUGUGUGUGUGUGAGAGAGAGAGAGAGAGAGAGAGAGAGAGAGAGAGAGAGAGAGAGUGUGUGUGUGUGUGUGUGUGUGUGUGUGUGUGUGUGUGUGUGUGUGUGUCAUUUAACUAGAUAAUUUUCUUUCUUUUACAUUAUGGAUCGACUUUGUAUUUUAUGAUUUUAUUAUUUUUUUAUCUAGCUUAUUUGAAGGUCUGUCCAUGGUUGUUGGCGACUACAUAAUAUUCAUACUUGUAAGGUAAAUGUGUAUGUUUUGUUUAUGCAUCUCUCUCUCUCUCUCUCUCUCUCUCUCUCUCUCUCUCUCUCUCUCUCUCUCUCUCUCUCUCUCUCUCUCUCUCUCUCUCUCUCUCUCUCUCUCUCUCUCUCUCUCUCUCUCUCUCUCUGUUCAAUAUAUACAUGCAUACAUACUACAUACUUAGCCAUUGUGAUUGUGUGGUCAUGUAGACACACAUAUACUCCUUGAUCCUAAACAGUCACUCUGAGUCUACUUAGCGAGGCAACCAUUCCUUACCAUAGAAGUUCUUACCUGUGCCAUUUUUUAUAAAGCCUAAGGAACACAUGUAGUUUUUUCACAUUCAUAUUUUUUUAGUAUAGCUAGCAGGGAAAAAAAAGUAAAAGGUAAAUGCUAUAUAUGAUACAUUUGUGAAGUCAAAUAUUUUUAUAUUUUGUUAGUGAUAAAGGUUUAUUAGAAUUUGCUUUUUUAUUAUUAUUAUUUAAAAUUUUGCUGCAUCAUUGAUAAUCAGAAAUGUAAUUGGAAUGUAGUGACUAAUGGAUAUAUGUAAAUUUCUUUUUGCAGGGUGAGGAUAUGUAGUGAGGCAAAAUUAUUAUAUACAGUAUGAUUGUAUUUCAAAUGGAAACAAAUAAACAGAUUACAGAAUACAA